AUGCGUGCUAUGCGCCAUAAAUUCUUAGCUAACGAGGUUAAAGCUAACCCCCCUGAUGUGUCCCUUGUUAGUCAUAUCCCCCAUAUGCAGCCUUUAAGCAGUUUUGCUUGGCUUGAUGAUAUGGCUGAUGUAAAUCGGUUUGAUCACUAUGUAGUGCGUGGUGGUGGCUCUCCAACUCCUACGCCUUCUCCUUCUCAUUCUCCUUCUCCUUCUCCUUCUAAUGUGAAGAAUGUGGGCAAAGCUGUUGAGUCCCCUAGUGAACGUGCUUUUCCAAGAUUGUCAGCCUCACUAUGUGGGGUUGAGGUUGAUGCUGCGGUGGGUGAGAAACCCACACCUUCUGCUGAGCAUGUUUUGCUCUCUACGACUAGUAUUGGCACUUCUAUUGCUGCCAAAGAAUUUGUUGUUCCUCCUGAUCAAACUACUGGAUUUGAGCUUCCUAGUGAUGUUAUUACGGAGCUUCCCAGAAUUACUCCUCGUCCUUUUAGGCUUCUAGACCUGGAGGAUCCCUCUGUCUUCCCCACUGCUACUGACGAGCAGCCUACUGCCAAGAGGGCUCGCACCUCCUCUAAUUUGGAUCCUCUUACCUCCCAUUCCUCUAACACUGGCCUUCUUGGCGAAAAUGCUGCGAAAGAGCUCACCAAGUCUGUUGGGGAAUUAGCUAAUUCUUUGAUUUCUACGGAGAGGGCAUAUCAAAAUCAGAGUGCUACUUUGGCUAAAAAGGAAUGGGAGAUUGAGCGAGUUUGUUCUGAGAAGGCUGCAAUAGUUGCUAAGGUGCAGUCAUUGGAGGCCAAGGUGUCUCGGUUGCAGGCUGAACAGGAUGGUGAGCGUAGUGCUGCUAAGAAGGAAGCACUCAAAUCCUUUGCCCUCUCGCCUGCUUUUAACAAGCUACUCACUGAUCAUCAUGAUGGGGGCUGGGAAGCUACAGCCCGCUGA